CUGCGAGUUUGACUGAAUGAACGACUUUCGUGACGAUACGAAUACUGAACAUCUGGACAACGUGGCUUUUCACGCACACAUAUGUGGGAGCCACAUUGGACAUUCCGUCACCUAUGAGGCACUGUCCGAACUCGCGGCAUCCGUUGUGGACCACAAUCAAAGGAUUAGCAUGCUUGCGUAUACAGCCAAGUAUGUGGCUGCGCGAGUGGGACGGGAAGACGUCUUGGCUAUGGAAUACGACAAGUAGAUUUCAUAGUGGCGCGAACGCUAGCUAUCACAUGGUCCUUGGCCCGUGUUGGUUACAACUUAGCCUCUGCUUAGUUCAUGUCACAUUUCAACCUCACUCAUCUUACAUUCUAGUCUCCGCUCGCACAUGGAACGUCGCAUGGAUCACGACACUAUCCGAAUACACUACCUUGAAGCGGGAUGACUUGGCCAAUACGCAAUGGUUGCUGACUGUAAAGUCUCGGAUCCCAGCUGGUCUCGCAAGCUCCAACCGCUUGUCUUGCCUCGAACAACCUCAUAUUGCCUCAGCCACCCCUGCAAUGUCGAUGCUCGGCUUCUAUCCGAGUACCGUCCCCGGUAUUACAGUCACUUCGUGAUUUCAGUCAGCGUUCGCUUGACCCGAUAAUACGUGUGGCGCUCGUUUCUCACUUGCUAAACUGACCGUGUCUAAGCCAUCUAGAUUCCAGCAGCU